AAACAAUUUAUCGUUGAAUUCGAAUUCUGUUGAGCGAACUUAUUAUGGUAUUUUUUUAGUACCCUUAAUAAUCUGUCAUAAUUCCUACAAUGGCUACAAACAAUUCAGGAAUUGAAGAUAAGGCAUCAUGCCAUACUAUUUUAGAUAAAAUAAAUUCAAUAAGUGAUGCAGUGGUUGCAAAGGCACCAGAUAUUAAUGAUUUUACUAUAAUAAAGCCGAUAAGCAGAGGAGCUUUUGGAAAAGUAUUUUUAGCACAUAAAAAGAGUAACAAAGAUCAGUUGUAUGCAAUUAAAGUAAUGAAAAAGUCAGACAUGAUUAAUAAAAAUAUGGUCACACAAGUUGUAACCGAGAGGAAUGCAUUGGCGUUGUCAAGAAGCCCAUUUUGUGUACAUUUAUUUUACUCUUUGCAGUCAACAUCGUCUAUUUACUUGGUGAUGGAGUACAUGGUUGGUGGUGAUUUGAAGUCCUUACUAGGUGUAUAUGGGUUCUUAGAAGAAUCCAUGGCAGUUUUCUAUAUAGCAGAAGUCACCCUUGCAUUAGACUACUUGCAUAAACACAAUAUUGUACAUAGAGAUUUGAAACCAGACAACAUGUUGAUAUCAAGAACAGGCCAUGUGAAGCUCACUGAUUUUGGUUUAUCUAAAAUUGAAGUUAAUAGAGACUUGGAGAUAUCUGACUUUGUUAACUGCACACCUAGCCUUAAUAUGAGGACUCCUGGUCAACUGUUAUCACUGACUUCUCAUUUAUCAUUUGGCUCUGGAGGUGGAGACAGCACACACAACUCUGUGAUGUCUACUGAUGCCUGUAAAUUGAAAAGUUUAUUUGAAGGAGUUAGUGGAUUGGAGAGUUCACCUUUGUUAAACCAGUCACAAAUGUCAGGGAUACAUCCAUUUAUGAGCGCAGAAAGUAUUAAUUUAGAAACUUCUGAAGACUCCAGUUCAUACCACACAUGUGAAAGUUCAAGGAACAGCUCAAACUCAAGGAGUAAGUCUACAGAUCCGAGUAGCAAUAGUUCAGUAGGAGAGUCUACAGUACUAUCAGAUUCCCAACAUGACCAGUCCACCUCACCAUUGUGUAGGGGACAUUCCUUGAAGCGAAUACCUAGUUUCAGAGCUAAAAAAAGGAAGAGGAUACUGGAUUGUGAUGGGGACACCCCUACAGGUGUUACUAGCCUUCUAGAGUCUAAAGAGAAUCACAGUGGACUCACACAAGAGAUCAUGGCACUGGAACUGAGCCAGAACACACCUAAACGCAUGUCUAUACAUCCCACACCAGACAAACGGAAGAAUCCUAUCAAAGGUGUCUUAAAAAAACGAUGGGUCUCACAAAACGACAGCCAUCAUUUCAAUGUGGGAGUUAUAUUUUCAACACCAGUAAAUAACAAGUCCCCAGAAACUAAAAAGAAGGAGACUCGCUUCAAUCUUCCUAAGGAGGAGCAACCUUCUGAGUCUAAGGAGAAGGCUUUUAUGUUUGGAAAACACGUGUCGACUAGUUUAGAAAUAUUUCCUACUAGAAGAUUAAGUAAGGUAAUAUAAACAUCAUUACAAUAUAAAGUGACAUACUAAACAUUCUUUGAAACCAGCCCUUUU